GUCAGUCACUGCUACCCAUCAGUGCUGCCGAUAAGUGCCACCUAUCAGUGCCCAUCAGUGCCACCUAUCAGUGCCCAUCAUUGCUGCCUCAUCAGUGCCCAUCAGUGCAGCCUCAUCAAUGUACAUUAGUGAAGGCCAAAAAUUACCUGUUUGCAAAAAUGCUGUAAAUAGAAACAAAGAAAAACUUUUUUUUUUUCAAAUUUUUUGCUUUUUUUUGUUUAUAGCGCAAAAAAUAAAAUCCCAGCAGCGAUUA